AUGACAAAUAUCGUUACAACCGAAAGCGGUGAAAAAUUCACCCUAUUUUUUACUAUACGUAGUCCAUUUUCCAAUUUUCAUCCUUGUCGUUUUACAAUAUUUGAAGAUGUUGGUAAUGGGAAACCGGAAGAAAAGUGUUACUAUUCUACCGAACAAUAUUACAUGUACCACAAAGCGCUUUCUGCUGGAGAUACUGAGACAGCGGAACAGAUUGCGAAUGAACGUGAUGCACGAAAAAUUAAAAUGAUUUCACGUAACAUCAAGAAUUUUGAACGCGAAACAUGGAAUAAAGUAAGUAGCGAUGUGAUGAGAAGAGGAAAUUUUGCCAAAUAUACGCAGAAUCCAUUGUUACGAAAGAAGCUGUUCUACACAUACGGCAGUACGUUAGUGGAAUGUUCACCUACAGAUCUUGAAUGGGGCAUCGGUUUGGACAUUAACGAACCGGACGCACUGAGUCCAUCAAAAUGGAGAGGGAAAAAUAAACUUGGUCAAAUUUUGACUGAAAUCCGUGAAGAACUUUUAUUAAAGCCAGAAUAUGCUCAGGAGGUGAGCGAUAUUUUAUCAAUGUUGGAGAAUUUCGACAGCUUCAGCCGGCAAUUUUUUCUUCCUCCAAAACCUCCAGUUCAGCAGUGUGUAUAUCCUUCACCUGGUGAAUAUGAUCAGGAAAAGAGGCGGAGCCUACCGUCUACUGCGGAAAUUGGUCGAAUAACUGAUGGAAAUCGUGAUAAGCGUUUCAGUUUACCGUCAUACCCAUGUGCCGAACUAUCCGAAAACAUUCCUGACUCUGGUCCGCGAAAUGCUUCUAAUAUAAAGGUAGAAAAUAGCAAUUCCGCGACACAUCGAGAAGGAUAUUCCCGGCCAGCUCGAUCAGCCAAGAAACGUAGUUAUCGUACGUCAAGCUAUGACCGAGAUUUUAGGCGGCACAGCGAUGAUUCAAAGAAUCGCAAAAAGGACGGUUCUCGAUCAGAAAGGAGAAGAGAUGCUUCCAGCAGUAGUAGAUCCCGUUAUGGCACACAAUCUCGCUCUGGCAGAGAUCGUAGUAGUUCUGAAAGCGAUCGUGAAUCCAGCAGACUUUUGAAAAAACAGCGAAGAAUUGCGGUAUCUGUUCACAGCAGUCGUUUGGCAUCAUGUCGACAUCAUCAUGACUGCGAUAUAAACUCAUACAGUAGUGAAGAAAGUUCAAGUUCCUUGGGUGAAAUUGAUGCUGAAGUGGUAAGGAAAACGUUUGAAGAUCCUUUCAAAAGUUUAUUAGAAAGGCUUCGCAAUAAAAAAUGCGGCAUGUGGGAACAAUAUGCUGCAGAAGGUAGCCGCGAUAUUAAUGGAGCAAUUCCAAGUGAUGAUUGA